AUGGCGGAAUCGGUGAUAGAAAAUUAUACAGUAGGCUGGAUAUGCGCCUUACAAGAAGAAUACGAAGCAGCCUGUCGAAUGCUCGAUGACGAGUUCGAAGCUCCAGAUGAACUAAAUAUCGACAUGAAGGACGAUAACACCUACGAAUAUGGGAUGAUAAACGGACACUACGUAGUAAUCGGAUGUCUCCCAAGCGGCCGCUAUGGAACCGUCUCAGCCGCGAUUGUCGCCAAGGACAUGGUUCGAUCAUUUCCAAAUCUAAGAUUCGCCUUGAUGGUCGGAAUAGGCGGAGGGGCGCCGACAAACCAAAGGGAUAUAAGAUUGGGUGAUGUUGUGGUUAGUCAACCGGAAGGAGAUCUCGGGGGGGUUGUACAAUUUGAUCUUGGGAAACGGCUGCAAGAGGAAGGGGAGGGCGAUGGAGCUGAUGGGAGAGGGUCAUCACAGUUGUUCAGACGGACUGGUCAAUUGAAUGCUCCGCCGUCGGUAUUGCUUGGGGCCAUGCCGCGUUUGUUACGGCUUCAUAGGGAUACAAGGAGACCCGAUAAAUUGGCGGAGCAUAUCAAGUUGAUGGAUGAUAUGGCUAGUUUUCGACGUCCCUCUCAGGAUCAAUUAUAUCGGUCGAAUUAUUUGCAUCAAAGUGCAGGUAAAACGUGUCAGAAUUGCCAGGAAGAACAGACGGUAGAGCGUCCCCCGCGUGAUGGGAGCCGUGAAGUGAUGAUUCAUUACGGAACAAUUGCUUCUUCGAACACUCUUAUGAAGAACGCUAUUGAAAGAGAUCGGUAUGCUAGGGAAGUUGGUAUCUUAUGUUUUGAGAUGGAAGCGGCGGGUUUGAUGAAUAAUCUGCCUUGUCUCGUUAUCAGAGGGAUAUGUGAUUAUUCGGAUUCGCACAAAAACGAUGAGUGGCACAAUUAUGCGGCACUGACGGCGGCAGCGUAUGCAAGAGAGCUUCUAAAUACUUUGAGGCCGGCAAAAAUACAAGAGCUACCAUCGUGGGCUCCAGAGUUCCGAAUCAUUCUCAAAGACAUCCAAAAGGAUGUUGUCGUUAGUAAAAACAACAUGGAUGUCAUACUCCACCACCAAGUCGCCCAAGAAGAAGAGAAGAUCAUCGAAUGGCUUACUCCGAUUGACUACGGAACACAGCAAAGUGAUUUCCUUAACAGAAGAUAUCCAGGGACGGGAUCUUGGCUUCUAGAAUCUGAAGAAUAUCAAAAAUGGAUACGAUCCCCCGGUACCGGCAUGACGCUCUUUUGCCCCGGAAUCCCUGGAGCUGGAAAAACGAUUCUCAUGUCAAUUGUUAUCGACGAUCUAUAUCAAAAAUACCGUACCGAUUCCGACACUUGUAUCGCCUAUGUAUACUUUAGUUUUAAGCAACAGUUAACAGAAGAAGAGUUUUUCUCAUAUCUAUUGAAAAAGCUAAGCAUGGCCCGACCGUCUCUACCGGAAGAAGUACGGUUGUUAUAUGAAGACCAUAAGAAGGAAAAAACACGACCAACAGUUCAAGAAGUCUUGAGGGCAUUAAAGACCGUAAUGUCUUUGUACGAAAAACUAUUCUUUGCGGUCGAUGCUCUAGAUGAAUGCCAGAGCUACGAUGAUGGUGGAUGCCGAGGAAGGAUUUUGGAUCGGUUAUUCGAACUUCAGGCGGAAUAUGGGGUCAAUAUAUUUGCUACUUCGAGAUUUAUUCUGGAUAUAUCAAAUAGAUUUGAACGACUAGGCAGCGCGAUGUUGAAGAUUCGGGCUACGGAUGAGGAUAUUCGAAGGUACUUGGACGACCAAGUAUCGCGAUCAGAGCGGCCGCUCUUGAAAUCUUACAGAGAGGAAAUUAUAACGGAAAUUACAAAGGCGGUCGAUGGGAUGUUUUUACUGGCCCAACUACACUUUCGAAAUCUAUGUACGAAGAAGUCUCUAAAAAAACUACUCGACGGAUUAAAAACACUCCCAACCGGUUCAGAGGCCUACUACAAAGCUUACGAAAGUGCUAUGAAAAGGGUUGACGGCCAAGAUACAGAUUCAAGAGAACUGGGUAUGAAUGUGAUCUCAUGGGUUACUUGCUCCAUGAAGCCACUAACCAUCAUUGAACUUCAGCAUGCGCUUGGAGUUGAGCUCGAAGGGAUGGAAUCAACUGGGAUGGAAUUCGACGAAAUAAACAUAUCGACCGUCGAAGAUAUAAUAUCAGUAUGCGCUGGUCUGGUCACAAUCGAUGCCGAAAGCAAAAUUAUUCGUAUCGCCCAUUAUACCGCACAGCAGUAUUUUGAAGAAACUCAGCAGAAGUGGUUUCCUCGCGUUGAGGCUAAUAUCACGGAUGUCUGUGUUACAUAUCUCUCGUUAAAAGUGUUUAAGACUGAGAGCGAAGAGAUGGGGAAAAGACUGGGGAACGAUCGUAUGUAUAUCAAUCAAACUCAUGUAAAUGAGAGGGUGAAGGAGAAGGAAAAACGCCUGGGACUAUAUCCAUUUUACGAAUACGCUGCGAAUAACUGGGGACAUCAUGCUCGCAAACUAGCAUCCCAAAAACGACCUCGACUGAUGGAGUUCUUAUCCUGCCAAUCAAUCCUGGACCUGUCACUUCAAGUAACAAUUUCAAAGCAUCAAAUCGAUCCUUGGACAAUGACGACAGCCUUGCACAUGGCAGCAUAUUUCGGACUGAUUGAAGUCGUAAAAUCGUUUAUAGAAAGUGGUGCGGAUGUCAAUACCAAGGAUUUCUGGGGGCAGACGCCACUGUGUUUUGCAGCGAAAUACGGCCACCAAGAGAUUGUCAGACUACUCCUUGCUCAUCCCAAAGUUUACCCAGACUGUAUACCAAACGAAACCGGUAAACCGUCGUUCCGGGCCCCAUUAUCAUUCGCAGCGGAAAAUGGCCACAGCAAAAUCGUUCAAAUAUUCCUCAAGGAUCGAAGAAUCGACCCGAAUUCUAAGAGCCGUGAUCCGCAUGAGCGGCAAAAUACUUGGACCCCAUUAUCAUACGCGGCAAGAGAAGGCCAUGAGGAGGUAGUUAGGAUCCUGCUUAAUGAUCCUCGAGUUGAUCCGGACUUCACAGCUCGGACGGACUAUGGCCAAAGCAGAUCACCGCUUUCUCUCGCAGCAGGUGGGGGCUACGAAGAAGUGGUCAGAAUCUUACUUGCAGACCCUAGAAUCAAACCGGACUCUAAAGCUGCCGAGUAUGCAAUCGAUAAUAUCAAUCAAAGCAGAGGAGAAAACUGGACACCCUUAUUCUUUGCUGCACGACGGGGGCAUGAAGGAGUUGUCAGAAUGCUACUACAGGACCCGAGGGUUAACCCAAAUGCUCGGGCUAAAAACCCGACUGAGGAGGAGGAAAAUCGAACAGCACUGUCUUAUGCUGCGGAAUAUGGUUGGGAUGGAGUAGUUAAAGUCCUAAUUGCGGAUCCUCGAAUCGACAUCAACGUAAAGUCAGAGCCCUAUCGUUGGGAAACCGGGUUUGUAACCGGAUCGGGAGGCCUAACACCAUUAUCAUAUGCAACAAUACACGGGAAGGAGGCAGUUGUCCGUCUACUACUCGCAGCACCCGGAAUCGAUCCGAAUGCUUGCUCUGUUUCUGGCUCAUACUUGGGAGAUUCACCACUCCUUCUCGCGGUUAAGAAAAACCGUGGAGAGAUAACCAAAUUCCUCUUAGCCCACGAAAAAGUUAACCCCAAUCAACGUGGGUAUCACGGGGAAACAGCACUAUAUUGGGCUGUAAAAAACAAUCUUGAGGAUAUGACGAAAAUGCUGCUGGCGCACCCGAAAAUCGAAGUGAACAAUAGAUUCUACAACGAGGAAACAAUCCUAAUACGUGCAUCUAGAUAUGGACUUAGAGCGAUGGUUCGCCUACUGCUUUCACGUAAGGAUAUUGACACCAGUAUAAAAGAUUCUUCAGGGAAAACGGCUUUGUUACAUGCGGAGUUCAUGUUAUAUCGUCAACCGGAUUGCGGACCCUUGGAAAGGACAAAGGGUAACAGCAGGGAUGGUAUCUAA